CCUGUCUCCUCCCCUGUCUCUUCCCCUGUCUCUUCCCCUGUCUCUUCCCCUGUCUCCUCCCCUGUCUCCUCCAAUGUCUCUUCCCCUGUCUCCUCCCCUGACUCCUCCCCUGACUCCUCCCCUGUCUCCUCGCCUGUCUCCUCCCCUGUCUCUUCCCCUGUCUCCUCGCCUGUCUCUUCCCCUGUCUCCUCCCCUGUCGCCUCGCCUGUCUCUUCCCCUGUCUCCUCGCCUGUCUCUUCCCCUGUCUCCUCCCCUGUCUCUUCCCCUGUCUCUUCACCUGUCUCCUCCCCUGUCUCCUUCCCUGUCUCUUCCCCUGUCUCCUCCCCUGACUCCUCCCCUGACUCCUCCCCUGUCUCCUCCCCUGUCUCCUCCCCUGUCUCCUCCUCUGUCUCCUUCCCUGCCCCUCUUAACCCCUCAGUCCUCCCCUCAGACCUGAAACCCAGGCCCCCCUUAACCCCUCAGUCCUCCUCUCAGACCUGA